AUGUUUUCAUCGCACAAAGCAAGGCUUGCAUUCAACAAGGAAAAUGCAGGGGUGAUAGCCUUCUCGGAAAAUGACGAUGACGAUGAAACCCCCAUUGUAAAUAAUAAUCAUGACGAGCAUCCAACAAUUUCCAAUUUCAAAACGGAUAAUAAUUCACAAUCAUCGGACACUGUUAAAAAUCAGCCUCCUGUUCCUCCUCCAAGAAAUCGUUCCAUGAAAUCAUCAGCAACAUCGUCCAAUGUUCUCGGAAGGUUAUUUGAACAAAUUAAAGAGAAGGAUGUUCAAACUCCAGCCUUGCACUAUCCACAAGCCGUAAAACUAAACAAGAUGAUCUACUUCACCAUUGGAGGAAUAAUUUUCACCUUGCUAUUUUUGUGGCUUGAAUUAUCUCAAACUAUUUUACUCAUUACUCCUUGUAUAAUUUUUGUGGCCAUAGGAAAGAUUAAUUUGUAUCCAAGUAAUUACUUGUAUGGCCCUAAAUAUUCAAUGACAUUUCAUCAAUUAAGAGAGUCCAUUCGGUUCUAUAAUAGACAUAUUACUAAAGAGCUUUCCAAAAAGAAAAGAAAUAGAGUGAUUGCAUUGGUAGAUCCAACUGAUAUUCAACUGAUUCCUCUUGUUUUUGCUUUAAUUCAGAGUGGACAAGAAGUCAUUGUUUUAAAUCCAAAAGAAUGUGGACUGAAUAGCUUUUUUGAAUGGAUUCCAAAACUUGACAUUGAUGCUGUUCUAGUUUCUCCACUUAUUUAUUGCAUAAUUCAAGUCAUUCAUUUUGUGAAGAAGAGGUCUUGGCUAUCCCUUGGAAAGAAAUAUUUACUGUUCACUAGUUCUCUCUCUGCUUACAAAUUAAUAAGCAAAAAUAGUUUCGAGUGGUCACACAUACCAAGAAUCAGUAAGGUUGACCAGCUUCAACAGGACCCUAUUUCAAGUGACGAGGAUUUAUUUUCAUAUAACGAUGACGACACAGUAGCAAUUGUAAAUACAACUGGAACAACAGGGCAACCAAAAUUGGUACAUAUCACUCAUGCUAUGCUUAAGAGUCAAAUUGAGAGCUUUGGAGAAUUAAUGACUCCAUAUUUACUGAAAGGAAGACAGGACAGAAUUAUCAAUCACAACAUUGUCAUGACCUUGUGUGUGAAUUGCAUGGGGUUGACCUCAAUUGUACCUCCAUUUGAUUUAUCAAAACCAUCCAGUGUUGAUCCAAACGAAUAUAUUAACACGAUUCAUACCUAUAACUUUUAUCCGAGAUUUGGUUUUUGCAGUCCAAUUGUUUGGAUGGAGAUAAUGGAGUAUUGCUCUCGCAAGAACAAACCAAAUACCAAAGUGAAGGAAGAAUACAGCAUUUCUCCACCAUUAGAGGUCUUGCUUUGUGGAGGAAAUUCAACACCUUUUUCACUUCAUCAGAAGUUUCGCCAAUGGGCUUGUAAAGAUGAAGACUCUUCAGCCUUAUUAUUUCCAGCAUAUGGAGCUACUGAGUGUUUACCUAUUUGUCUGACAAAUACAUGGGAACUUGAGAAAAUUUAUCAAACAGAAGAAAUUCAACACUCCAUCACACGAGGGUAUUGUGUUGGAAAGGAGUGCCCAAAUGUGACUGUUCUCAUUAGAAACCAAGACAAGGUUUCAGGAGGAAAAGUUGGAGAGAUUUGGAUUGGUGGAAAAGCCGUUAGCCCAAGAUACGAGCUCGACCAAACAGCAAUGCUACAAACAAAGGAGAUGAUUGACGGCGUGCUCUUCCAUAAAACAGGUGAUAUUGGAUACAAGGAUGAAAAUGACAUGGUGUGGUAUUGUGGCCGCUUAAGUCAUCUAUUUCAUGCCAUGCCUCUGGCCAACCCAAAUGACAGAAACAAAUCACAAGUUGAAGCUCCUCUCGUCAUAAUCCCAGCUUGUGUUGAACAUGCAUUUUACAACAAAUUCCCAAUCAUUAGACGAUGUGCUUGUGUUGGUUAUUCACCAAUUACAAAGCAAAGCAAUAUUAUGCUCAAGCUCAAUGAAAGGAACUUCCUUUCUAGAUAUAAUGAAUUGUCAUUCAACGAAAUGGUGAUUGUGUUUGAAACAUUUGGAAAUGAGAAAAUCGAUCAAAGCAUUCUCAAAGAAUUUUGGAAUAAGACAAUUCUGAGCAAUCCAGAAACACCAAAGGAAUUUUCAAACCUUGCUAUUCGUUUCGUUCAGCAAAAAUCUCUUCCUGUAGAUAAUCGUCAUAACUCCAAGAUUGAAAUGAUACGGCUGGCUUUAGAGUUGAAUCGAUCAAUGAUUUCAGUAAAAUAA